ACUCUGCUUCUUACUGCUGGAAAAAAUGGUCGACGUUGUGGCUGAAAUGCAUGAUAGAGAUGAUGGAAUUGUUAGUUUACCGAAGGACAUCCUGUUUGAAGGGGACAUAGAUUUUGAGCCACGGAGUGGAAUUGAAUUUGAAUCCCACGAAGCUGCAUACACAUUUUAUCAAGAGUAUGCCAAAUCAAUGGGAUUCACCACAUCGAUUAAGAAUAGUCGACGUUCAAAGAAAUCAAAAGAGUUUAUUGAUGCAAAAUUUGCAUGUUCAAGAUAUGGAGUUACUCCUGAAUCUGAGAAUGGAAAUAGUCGAAGGCCAAGCGUGAAAAAAACCGACUGUAAAGCCAGUAUGCAUGUGAAGAGAAGGCCAGAUGGAAGAUGGAUUAUUCAUGAAUUCAUAAAAGAUCAUAAUCAUGAGUUUUUACCUGCUCUUGCAUAUCAUUUCCGCAUCCAUAGGAAUGUAAAGCUUGCAGAGAAGAACAACAUCGUCAUAUUACAUGCUGUUAGUGAAAGAACACGGAGGAUGUAUGUUGAGAUGUCGAAAAAACGUGGUGUGUACAGAAAUGUUGGUUUCCCGCAGAUUGACACAACUUAUCAGUUCAACAAAGGCCAGUAUUUAGCGCUUGAUGAGGGUGAUGCGCAAGUAUUGCUGGAGUAUUUUAAGCGUAUCCAAAAGGAGAAUCCUUACUUUUUCUAUGCUAUAGACUUGAAUGAAGAGCAACGUCUGAGAAACUUGUUUUGGGUCGAUGCCAAAAGUAGGAACGAUUAUGUUAGUUUCAGUGACGUUGUUUCAUUCUAGAUAUCAUACAUUAAAACCAAUGAUAAGCUUCCCUUUGCUCCUUUCAUUGGAGUGAACCAUCACGGGCAGUCAAUGGUGCUUGGUUGUGCAUUGGCUGCAGAUUGCACUAAACCAACAUUUACCUGGUUGUUGAAGACAUGGCUUAGAGCAAUGGAUGGUCAAGCUCCCAAAGUUAUCAUUACCGAUCAGGACAAAGCCUUGAAAUUAGCCAUUGAAGAAGUGUUUCCAAAUACCCGCCAUUGCUUUGCUCUUUGGCAUAUAAUGGAAAAGAUUCCUGAAACUCUUGCUCAUGUAAUCAAACGACACAAAAACUUCUUGUCAAAAUUUAGCAAGUGCAUCUUGAAGUCGUGGACGGAUGAGCAAUUUGAUAUGAGAUGGUGGAAGAUGGUUACUAGAUUUGAGCUUCAAGAUGACAAAUGGAUUCAAUCAUUAUAUGAUGAUCGUAGAAAAUGGGUACCAACUUAUAUGGAGGAAAUCUUCUUGGCUGGAAUGUCAACUGCUCAACGUUCUGAUAGUACGAACGCGUUCUUUGACAAAUACAUUCACAAGAAAAUUACGCUUAAGGAGUUCUUGAAACAAUAUGGAAACAUUCUGCAAAAUAGAUAUGAAGAGGAAACAAUAGCAGAUUUUGAUACAUUACACAAACAACCAGCCUUGAAAUCUCCUUCUCCCUGGGAAAAACAAAUGUCUACAAUUUACACGCACACGAUAUUUAAGAAAUUCCAAGUCGAAGUUUUGGGCGUAGUUGGCUGUCAUCCAAGAAAAGAAAGUGAAGAUGGUGGCAUUACUACCUUCAGAGUUCUGGACUGUGAGAAAGAUGAGCAUUUUUUAGUGAAGUGGCAUGAAUUGAACUCUGAAGUUUCUUGUUUCUGUCGUUUGUUUGAAUAUAAUGGUUUUCUUUGUAGAUAUGCAUUGAUUGUGUUACAUAUGCAUCGUUUUUCAAGCAUCCCACCUCAAUAUCUUCUAAGAAGGUGGACAAAAGAUGCAAAGAGCAGGCAAGCAAAUACUACUGAAGGAACAGAAUUCAGACAGAACAGAGUACAACGUUACAAUAAUCUAUGUAAAAAAGCUAUUGAGUUAAGUGAAGAAGGAUCACAAUCAGAGGAGUGUUAUAAUAUUGUCAUUCGUGCAUUAGUAGAAGCUCUGAAGAAUUGUGUCAAUAUUAACAACUCAAAAAGUGCUCCAGCAGAAUCGAGCGUUAAUGGCUAUGGUGUACGUGAGGAAGAGGAGAACCAAGAAAGCAUAGCUGCUAAAGCAAAUAAGAGGAGUACGAACAGAAAACGAAAGGUACAAACAGAAACAGCUAUGAUACUUGAUGAAUCCCAGAACAACUUGCAGCAAAUGGAUGGUUUAACCUCAGAUAGCAUGACCCUGAGUGGAUAUUAUGGAUCCCAACAGAAUGUUCAAGGAUUGGUACAGUUGAACUUGAUGGAGCCUCCCCACGAUGCUUCGUAUUAUGUCAAUCAACAAAGUAUUCAAGGGCUGGGACAAUUGAAUACAAUUGCAGCCAGUCAGGAUGGGUUUUUUGGGGCGCAGCAUAAUGGCAUUCAUGCACUGGUGGAUUAUCGACCAGCAACAAGUCAUAGUUAUAGUUUACAGGAUGAGCAACAUUUAAGAUCUGCCCAGCUUCAUGGCAGUACCUCAGGACAUACUUGAUGAAGCAACAGCCAUCUUUUCAUGGUUAGUUGAGUUGUACAAAAAGUAUAUACAUGACACAGGCCCAGACGCCGUAGUUUCGAUACUCGAUUGUCUUUUACUUAGAAUAGUGAUAGAAGAAAAAGCUGCAUAUUUAUCAGUUAGCUUAGCUUUGUUAUUUAGGCUGUCCAAAGAACAGUUUCAUCUCAACAAGUUGAUAAUGCUUAGUUCCAAGAGUAAUCUGUUCGAUCUGACUCUCUGUCGAGAAUUCUUACUCAA